AUGGCUAAAGUCAAAUCCAAAACUACCGUCAUAAAGCUAAUAUCCACCGCUUUAACUGGCUUUUCUCGCCAGCUUGCUAUUAAAAGAGGUGCUCCACUUGUUAAACAGAUUAGAUAUGAUCCAAUAGCUAAACGUCAUGUAUUAUUUAAAGAGGCCAAAAAGAGAAAAGUUGCUGAAAGAAAACCCUUGGUUUGGUCCAGAAUUCAAAAAUAG